AGGUAUUGCGAUGCUAUGGAGAAUCGGGUGAAUUCGGAGAAAGAAGCUGAUGCAAACUCUGCAAUGAGGGUCAGACAUGUCCUUACGACUUUCCCUUUUGAAAAGGUUUUUCAAAAGUUCUACACAGAUGCUAAAUUUGAAGAAAUACAGGAGCAGUUGGCAAGGCUGUUGUAUGUCAGCGUUGUUUCCAAAACAGAAUUGUGUGGUAAUGUUGUUGAGCACUCUGUGGAAGAUAGAGUAUGGAUCUAUCUUAAAGACCAGAGGAAGGAGAUUCCUAUUGACAAGAAGAGAGUUUACAGGGUCCAUUUCAACAUUGAAACCAAAGAGGCGGCUUGUGAGUGUAAGUUAUUUGAGUGUCACGGAAUUAUGUGCAGGCAUCAAUUCAAGGUGUAUGAUGUGAAUGACAUAACUGAAAUUCCCAAGAAGUAUAUAUUAAGGCGUUGGCGUAAAGAUGUUCAAAGGCGUCACACUCGAGUGAAGGUGGCUUAUCAUGAUCCUUCAAAAACAGAGGAAGUCAAGAGGUUUGAUAGCCUGAUGGUCCGUUUUGAGAGACUUUGUCUUAAAGCAUCAGCGCAACAAAAGUAUGUUGAAAUGGCUCUUGAAGGACUUUCCAAUUUAGAGGAAUCCAUUGAUGCUGCCAUCAUGGAAGCAACUGAUGAUGCUAAUGUAGCCAUGCCAUCUGAGGAUGCAAUGCCAUGUGAUGAUAUCAUGACCGAGGGUUAUAGUAAUGUUGUUGGUGUCGAGGAUAUAGACCUUACACCACAUGUUGUACUAGCAACUAAGUCUACUGACUUACCUACUCAUGUUGGGGACCCUCUUUCACGCAAGAAAAAGGCCCAUAGGCCAAGGACUAAAAGAUUCCUAGCCUGUACAGAAAAGAAAUGGAAGAAAGCAUCUACUUCGGUGCAGCAACAAACUCAAGCUACUGCAUCAGGCAUUCCGGUUCACUGUUAUGGCUUGAAUGUUGAUGAACCUGUGACUCCAAUUUCGAAGCCAAGGAAAAAAAGAGCUAGGAAGGCCAAGGCCAACACUGAUGUACAAUUAGUGCAAUCUGUUUUUGGUAAUGAUGGGCCGGUGUUAAGUCCACAAAAUCGGUGGGUUGGAGGUAUUGGAUAUGGUCCGGCCUACGGUGAACUUUGCUACUUCACUAGGUCUUAUAAUAAUUGUCCAAACUGGGUAGCACGGGAUGUCCUUCCAUUUGUUUCCGGUGCUGGACUUUAUACAAUGGCAACAACACCUUCCAAUUAGAGGGCCUAUAUUUCCCAAACCUUAGAGGGCCUAUUUUUGUAUAAAGCUACAUUUAACUUAUAUUCCUAUUAUAAGCUUCCCCUUCAAAAAAAAAAAAAAAAAAAAAAAAAA